AUGUUGCCAAGUCGACCGGCGUGGAGAUUAGCGCCCCGAGGCUUGGAGACGGGGCAGACGAUGGACUGUUACUACCGCGAUUGGAGGACCGGGGACCGUAUGGGCUGGGCAAGUGAGGCAAUCUCCCGAUACGGGGUGGCGGAGAUCGCCGAGCGACCAUUGACUGGUCUCGAGCUGGGCACUUUGCUGGCUUCUGGUGCGUUUCAUCCAAGCCGGUCAUAUGUCAUGACCAUUUUGUCGGUUGGGUUGGUACAAAUGGGGCAGCAACUUGAUGAACCUGCCCAGCGUCCCACUUGUGGCCUGACAAUGGGCAAUUGUGGUGGCAGGCUCGAGGGUCCGCAUGUCGGGGGUGCCCGACCAGCAGCAGUCCUGGAGACGGUGGUGCACGUGUGGGUGUUUGUGGGCGAGUGGUAG